GAAGCAGUCGAUGCCUAGACGAGGAGAGUACAACGUGUACAGCACUUUCCAGAGCCACGAACCAGAGUUCGACUACCUGAAGAGCUUAGAAAUAGAAGAGAAAAUCAACAAAAUUAGAUGGUUACCUCGACAGAAUGCUGCGUAUAGCCUUCUAUCUACUAAUGAUAAAACUGUCAAAUUGUGGAAAAUCACAGAGCGAGACAAGCGCCCUGACGGCUUCAACCUGAAGGACGAUGAGGGGCGGAUAAAGAAUCCAAACGACAUCACGGCACUGCGGGUACCGUUCUUCAAGCCCACAGAGUUGAUAGUAGAAGCCAGUCCCCGCCGGGUGUACGCCAAUGCGCACACGUACCACAUAAACUCCAUAUCUCUAAAUAGUGACCAUGAAACCUUCCUGUCUGGAGACGACCUCAGAAUCAACCUCUGGCAUCUAGAAAUCACAGACCGAAGUUUUAAUAUUGUUGACAUCAAGCCAGCCAACAUGGAGGAGCUGACAGAAGUCAUCACAGCAGCAGAGUUCCACCCCAGCAUGUGCAACGUCUUUGUCUAUAGCAGUAGCAAAGGCACCAUUAGGUUAUGUGACAUGAGGCAAAGGGCACUGUGCGAUCAACAUGCAAAAAUGUUUGAAGAGCCAGAAGACCCAAGCAACCGUUCCUUCUUCUCAGAGAUUAUUUCAUCCAUUUCCGACGUGAAAUUCUCCCAUAGUGGCAGAUACCUCAUCUCUAGGGACUACUUGUCAGUUAAGGUCUGGGACCUUCAAAUGGACUCUAGACCAAUCGAGACAUACCAAGUACAUGAGUAUCUCCGUAGCAAGCUCUGCUCACUGUACGAAAAUGACUGUAUCUUCGACAAGUUUGAGUGUGCUUGGAACGGAACGGAUACGCAAAUCAUGACAGGCUCCUAUAACAACUUCUUCAGAAUGUUCGACCGCAACACGAAACGUGACCUGACGCUGGAGGCGUCGCGGGAGAACACGAAACCAAAGUGCAUCCUGAAGCCCCGCAGGGUGUGCACGGGCGGCAAGCGCAAGAAGGACGAAAUCAGCGUGGACAGUCUAGACUUCAACAAGAAGAUCCUCCACACCGCCUGGCAUCCCACAGAAAACAUCAUCGCCGUAGCCGCUACUAACAACUUGUACAUCUUCCAGGACAAGGACAAAGUGUGACAAUCCCGGAAACCCCGCCUCCCCCACUUCUACCCAAGAUUCCCUGUUCCGUUGUUACCCUGACGACGUCCUGGUCAGUUACCCACAAUUCCCUGACCACAAAUCUCGCACAGAACAAGCUUGA